AUGGAGUCGGUGAGCAGAGCGGGGCAGGAGAUCAGCCUGGCAGCCCUGAAGCAGCACGACCCGUACAUCACCAGCAUCGCCGACGUGACCGGCCAGGUGGCCCUCUACAGCUUCAGCCCGAAGGCCAACGAGUGGGAGAAAACCGACAUAGAAGGGACCUUAUUUGUGUACAAAAGGUCAGCUUCUCCUUAUCAUGGGUUUACAAUAGUGAAUCGACUGAACAUGCACAACCUGGUUGAACCAGUAAAUAAAGAUUUGGAGUUUCAGCUCCAUGAACCUUUUCUUCUCUACAGAAAUGCUAGCUUGUCAAUUUACAGUAUCUGGUUUUAUGACAAGAAUGACUGUCAUCGAAUAGCAAAACUCAUGGCUAAAGUGGUAGAACAAGAAGCUCAGAGAUCCCAGCAAGUUUCCCAGGACAGAAAAAGUCCCAGCAGAACCAAUGGCUGCAAUGAAAACAGGCCCAUUGACAUCCUGGAAAUGCUUAGUAAAGCCAAGGAUGAAUAUGAACGACCAUUUCAGUCAAGGCAGAAGCAUCUGACUUUAGAGGAACUGUUUGGAACCUCUGUACCAAAGGAACAGCCCGCAGCUCCGUAUCCCAAUCCAGAGAGAAUGGAGAAGUUGCAGACUGACAUCUCUGCCAGAGAGCAGCACAAUUUGCUCUUGCCUUUUUCCUUUGACCAAUCAACAGUAAUGCAACAAUCACUAGGGAAAUCUGAAAGUCCAAGCGUUAAAACCAGUGCCAAUCCUUUGAAUCAGCAGGAAUGUUUAACACCUAUGCUAAUACCUCCAGCUUCAGUUUCCCAGCCUGAUUUAAAAAGUGUUUCAACCUACUCAGUUCGUUUAAGCCCUGUUCUUAAUUCAGCCUCGACAAUGGAAGCUGCCCCUGCUCAGAUGCUUCCCGGCCUAAAACAAAACAACAGUAUAAUGCAAGUUAUGCAGCAAGCUGCCAAGCAGAUAUCCCCACUAGUGAAUCAGCCGCCAUCUGAAGUGAACCAUGCUCCACAAAAUCUAAUGGCUGGCCAAAGCCAGCUUAUAGCACCCUUGACAUCAACAAAUACAGGAACUGUCUCAAAUACAUCCCAUACAAGUGUUGAUCUUCUCCAGAAACUCAGGUUGACCCCACAGCAUGACCAAAUGCAACAGCAGUCUCUCACUAAGAGUUCCUUAACACCAAACAUCUCUGCCUCGGUUGGCCAACUUGCAACACCAGAAAGCUUCAAAGAAUCUCACAGUAAGCCGUCAACCUUGAACAGCAAGAUAAUCUCUCCCCUUCAGACUGUACAACAAAACAAGGAACCAGAAGUAUUUCCACAGCCGAAGACUUUGUCUAAAGCAAGUCAAGUUGCACCUCCGCAGUUUGUUACAGCCACAACUACAGUAACGCCUUCAAUUCUCUUGUCUCCCAGUGUUUUUCAGCAGUCAGCUGCAAAAGCUACUGAAGUGGAGAAUAAAGCAAAUUCUUCUUCGCCUUUAACACUUGGAACAACAGAAAUUCAGACUAUACCUCCUACUGUUCUCAGUAGGUCUCAGCUUCAAGAAGCACUGAUACAUCUAAUAAAGAAUGAUUCCCGUUUUCUCAGCACUAUUCAUGAAGUCUACUUGCAAGUCCUAACCAAGAAUACAGACAACAUUAAGCUAUAAUUGAAGCUAAAUCUACUUAAAAUAUAUCCA